CAAUUUUCCGUCUUUUUUACAAGCAAGAAUGUUGUCAGAACCUUUGAAGGAAGCUGAAGGGCCCGAAGAAGGCCAAACUACUGCAUAUGAAUAUUACAAACGUAUAGUUAAUGAACUUAACUUGUCUGGUGCUUUUUAUCGUCAAAAGGAUGUUUCUCAACCUGCAAAGGAUUUUAUUACUUCAACAAAUAAGGACCCAGUCUCUUUACUGAAUAUUUAUUCAACAAUUAGUGGAGAAGUACCUUUUAAAUUUUUUGAAUAUGAAUUGGUUGGACGUCCUGACAAAAAUAAAUUUCUGAUUGUUUCUGAAUUGGAUGGCCAACCAAUUUUUGGUUUUCCUUCGGCGUCCAAAAAAGAUGCAAAAAAGACCUGUGCUGUUUGUAUUCUUGAAAAGCUUUAUUUGGAACAACGCCUCAAUUGUCUGAGCAGCACUGGACGAAAACUCAAACAUCCAAAUCGCCAUCCUCGUCCACUUCCAUUUACUCCUGUUCCAAAACUGGAUGAAGAUUUGGGCAAAAUUAGCGCUGAGUUUUACCAACAGCCUCUAUCUGUCGAUCCGCAGAUGGCUUUGUUUGCUGAGGAUGUUGAUUUUGAUGGUCCGAUUGGUCCUAAACUUUUGGAAAUGAAACAGAACUUUGAAGAACAAAAUCCAAUGCCAUUAGAUUACAAAGACAAGGAGAAAUAUGAAGAUGUUCGCAACAGAGCUUUUAAACUUUUUUGUGAAAAUGCAUUUUGGGCUGAGUUAAAAUUGUGUGAAGCUACAAUUGAAAAGCUUAAUGCAGCUGGAAUGUGGCAUGAAAAUUGGAAUUCUGUUGCUUAUGUUAGCCAAUGUAUUAUGCGUUUAAAUUCUUGGAGAAUUAGAGAAAUGAAUGAAGAACAGAAACAACAGCAGGAAGAAACGACUGGAGGACAGGAGAAAUCGGAACAAAUGGAAAUUAAAGAACCGAAGAAGGUGGAACUUCCAGAAUAUUUUGUCUUUACAUUGCCAUAUCUUCCUCCACGUUAUGCUUGUGUUGCUUUAUUCAAUGAAGGAUUUUUUCAUGGUCAAAUUUCUAACUCAAAAUCAAAGGCAAAAGCUUGUUGUGCUGUAGUUAUUGCACAACAUUUGAUUGAAAAGGGUUGGACUAAUCUUGGUAAGAAGAAAGUUGAACGUCCAAAAUCUGUUAAAAGUCGGCCUACUCAAAAGAAGCGAAAGAAGGAACCGUCGGAGGAAGAUUUGGUAUCUAUUGAAACUAAUUCAUCUGGAAUUCGUCCAAUAGAAUUUCAGCCAUACCAAUUCCUUUUGACAUUACAUCCAAAUGAAAAUCUUGAUCCUCGUACACAUUUUCUUCUUGCGACACAUGCAAGUAAAAACGCAACGGUCCUUUUAACUGAAAUUUGUGCAAAGUAUCGAUUGGGGGCGCUUAGCUAUAAUGAGAUUAGUGAAGUUGGACCGAGAUUCAUUGCUGAUGCAAUAAUUUCGCCAUAUCCAAUUCCUGGUGUUCCAUUGGAAGUAUUGGGUGGACCUCUAUUUCAAGCGCGAGGUGUGCCAGAAAAGAAUAAGAAAAAUGCAAAGGCUUCAGCUUCGCGUGCUGCACUUGAUAUUUUGGUUCGCAAAGGGACAAUUCAAAUUAAUGAGCAAAACUUUGAUGAGUUCAAAACGUUUGUUAAGGCAUUAUUUUUUGAGGAUAUUCCGUCAAUGGCCCAGGAAAAUAUUUAUAAUGAGAAUGUUAAUAGAGCUGAAGUUGUUGUCAGCACAAACUCGUAA